AUGGACAGGGAGAAUUCGCCCGAAGAUCACUCCUUGCCUCUUUCGUCUAUUGAUGAUGAUACCUCAAUGACAGAUCCUGAUUCGACGAUCUCUGAGACUGAAACUCCUAUUGACCUUCCCAAUAUGCCUCGUAUGAUAGAGAGGCGUCCUAGGAAUGUCCGAAGCAAUACAUCCGUUGUGUACGAAACCUUCGCCUCAGAGCGCACCAAUGGCUCAUCCAGGGCAACCCCACAAAGUUCCCCUCCACCACUGUCGACGAAAAUGAUCGUUGAACUGAGUCUGUUGGACAGGUAUAUUCCCUUUUCGAAAAGAGUUGAACGCCUUUUUUACGACUCGUGGCUCGAUCGAACCAAAGUCUCCCACGUUGAAGAGAUAAUCCUCUUCGAUAUCAAAACCGUUCCAUCUCUGCCUGACGGACACAUGCAGGCUACAUUCAAAACCGCUGGUCGCGAUUUUGAACUGCUCACACUCCUAGGGGAUUUGCCACUAUGCUUCUACGGUGCCCGUCGUGCUUGCUAUCUUGGUGAUCGUGGCCAUCCUUUAGGUCUUUGCCGCAGUGUCGAAUGUGCCAUCUGCGCGGUCUUUCGGGAGCAAUACGUAACCAGAGAAGCUGGUGAGUAUUCGCAGCAAGUGAUGAUCAUGCUUUUGGAACUUCCAGAUGAUGCGCUAACCGACCGAAGCUCGUCCCAAGCCGAUGCUUUCGCAAAAAACCACCAUAUCCGCUCAUCUCAGCAUGCCAUGAUAUUUUGUGCAUGCCCAGAUAUUGCACAAUCAGAUACCCAGACUAUGUCUCCGGAGUCAGAUGCCCCUCCUCCCUACACUGCCUCUGCCUCUAUUAGUACAGUUGUGGUUCCAAUCGGACUGAUCAUGUAUACUCGGGCGGGGUGGCACCCCUCAUAA